AAUAUAUCCACUUUAUUUGUUUAAGUCAUGGAUGUAUUAGGUUUAAGUAGCCAGGUUGCUAAUGUCAAACAACCUUUAGAAACAAUUCCAGGAUUAUAUAAGUUCGUAUUUGGUACUAUAAAAUAGUUUAUAAAUAGACUUAAAAGCACUGAUUUAAAGCAUCGGCUUUCUUUGCAACUUCAUUUCCCAGAAUGCAUUGCGGGUUUGUUAUGACUUUUGAACUCUGGGUAAAAACAAGCCGAUCAGCUGAUUGUAGAAGCAACAACAUCUUACAGGAGUCUGGCACACAGAACAGCUCGGCUAGCUGACUUUCUCUAUAUGUGGCAGUCCGGCGGUAUGCUGUUAGACAUUAUAUACGUACGUGUCAGGUUUUAGAGUAGUGUUGAGGCAGCAUUAUAGCUAGUCGACCGUCGGACUGGUAGCCAGCUGCUAGGAGAACUACGCCUGCGGGGGUUCAGACGAGGCUGCCUUUGAGUGUGAUGAAUGCGGCAGCCUGCAGUGCGCCCGCUGUGAACUGGAGCUCCACCGCCAGGAGCGGAUGAGGAAUCACGACCGGGUCCGGAUCGCACCGGGUCACGUCCCCUUCUGCGACUCCUGCAAAGGUGACAGCAGCUGCAGCGGCGGAGGGCGGCUCAGGGCAGUGGUGCGCUGCCAGGGUUGUAAGAUCAAUCUGUGUUUGGACUGCCAGAAACGCACCCACAGCGGAGUCAACAAGAGGAAGCACCCAAUGACACCCUACCCGCCUGCCAAAGCUGCCCAGGACAACUGCGUGUCCGACGGGGAGUCAGAGAUGGAUAUCCUGAGAGCCGAGCUGGAGAGGGUGUGCAGCUUCCUUCUGGUGGAUGAGAGGGAGGAGAUGCAGGUGAAGGAUGAGGACGAUUUUGUGAGCAGACUGGGCUGCAGGCAAGAUGAGCUCCUCAAAGUGGUCUCCAUCUUUGGAAACACUGGGGAGGGCAAGUCCCACACCCUGAACCAUACGUUUUUCCUCGGACGAGAAGUGUUCAAGACCUCGCCCACCCAAGAGUCCUGCACCGUGGGUGUGUGGGCAGCUAUGGACCCCGUGCACCGGGUGGUGGUCAUCGACACAGAGGGACUGCUUGGGGCUGGAGCUAAUCAGGGCCAGCGAACACGCCUGCUCCUCAAAGUCCUGGCUAUUUGUGAUGUGGUCAUCUACCGAACCCAUGCCGACCGUCUCCACGAUGAUCUCUUCAAGUUCCUUGGUGAUGCAUCAGAUGCCUACCUGAAACAUUUCACCAGGGAGCUGAAAGCAACUACCACCCGUUGUGGUCUAGAUGUCCCGUUGUCCACUCUGGGCCCUGCUGUGAUCAUCUUCCAUGAGACGGUCCACACAAAGCUACUAGGGUCAGACAAACCAUCGGAAUCGGCCGAGCGUCUUCUCCAGGAGCGUUUCAGGAAGCUGGGUCUGUUUCCCGAAGCGUUCAGCUCCCUCCAGUACCGCGGAACUCGGACCUACAACCCUCCCACAGACUUCAGCGGUCUGCUGCGCACCCUGGAGCAGCAACUGGACAACAACACCACCCGCUCGCCACGCUCUGCAAGCGUCAUCUACAAGGCUCUGCAGGCCCUGAGUGAGCGCUUCAGCGGGGACAUUUCAGAUGAGCACAUGACCAGUAACUCCUUCUUCCCAGAUGAGUACUUCACCUGCUCCAGCCUCUGCCUCAGCUGUGGUUCAGGCUGUAAGAGAAGCAUGAAUCACCUGAAGGAAGGACUCGACCACGAAGCCAAACAUCGCUGCCGCUACUCUGCUCAGUAUGACAACCGCAUCUACACGUGCAAGGCCUGCUACGAGGGAGGGAAGGAGGUUAUAGUUGUUCCCAAAACGACUGCCUCGUCUGACUCACCGUGGUUUGGCUUGGCCAUCUACGCCUGGUCUGGGUAUGUAAUCGAGUGCCCCAACUGCGCCGUGAUCUACAGAAGCAGGCAGUACUGGUAUGGAAACCAGGAUCCAGUGGAAACAGUGGUCAGAACAGAGAUCCAGCACAUCUGGCCUGGGUCUGACGGCUUUUUGAAAGACAACAACAACGCGGCCCAGAGGUUGCUGGAUGGAGUCAAAUACAUUUCUCAGUCGGUGUCUGAACUCAGCGUCAAGCCUGCCAAAGCGGUCACCUCCUGGCUUACCGACCAGAUCGCUCCCACGUACUGGAAGCCCAACUCCCUUAUCCUGAAAUGCCAUAAAUGUGGGGAAGAGUUCCAGCCCAACGACACCAAGCACCACUGUCGCGCCUGCGGAGAGGGCUUCUGUGACUCCUGCUCCUUGAAAACCCGGCCGGUCCCGGAGAGGGGCUGGGGCCUCGCUCCUGUCCGAGUCUGCGAUGCGUGUUUCCACAACAGGGGAAUCUCAACUGAGUUGCUGGAUGCUGCCUUGGAGGAGGAGGGGGGCACCCUGAUUGCCAGGAAGGUCGGGGAGGCGGUUCAGAACACAUUGGGAGCUGUGGUCGGCGCCAUCGACAUACCUCUCGGCCUGGUGAAGGACGCGGCUCGCCCGGCCUACUGGGUCCCAGAUCAGGACAUCCACUCCUGCAGCGAGUGCCAGAGGGAGUUCUCCCCGCGUCUCUCCAUCCACCACUGCCGCGCCUGUGGCCAGGGAGUGUGCGACGACUGCUCCCAGGAGCGACGCGCCGUGCCCUCCCGUGGCUGGGAUCACCCGGUGAGGGUCUGCCACGGCUGCAACCAGAAACCUGGGGAGCUCUAGCAGGACGAGGAGGAGCAGGGAGGACGGUUAAGGACGCCUGCGAGAACUGGAAUUGACAACAUUUUGACAUUUGGCUCAAAGGCUUCCCUUUUUGUCUCUUUUUUAGUGGCAUUUCUUGGCUGCCACUAGACUGCUUGUGGCAGGUUGGACUCUGUUUAUUAUAUCUCAACGCCGUCCUCACAUCACAUCAGUCCCUUUGAUGCUAUUUCACUUUAAUAUGCCUAUAUUUUACACUGUGAAGAAUACCAGUCAGAGCGAGACUUGAAUAUCAAGAAGGUAGGUGAGAUAAAAACUCGACAGAGUUUUAUGAAAGUGAGUAUUGUACGUGCUUGCUUCCAAUUGAGUUCAGGUAAAUACCCAUGUACAGCUUUUGAUCCUUUAAAGUUUAUAUUAAUGCACAUGAACUCCUUUUGGCAAUCCCCCCCAGUGUGACACACUAGUACUAUUAGCACCUUUUCGUAGUCUGGGGCUACACGUGUGAACCGUUUAAUAAUAGAAGUACUCAUCUUUAAACUGAUUCCAGUUUAGCACUUUUAUUUGAAGAAUGUUUCUGCAGGAGCCCUGGAUGUAGCAUUCAGGGCUGGCUUCAGAGGAAAACGACGGAAAACCUGGAAAAUGAUCCACCACACUUGAUUCUGAUCCUUUUGAAUGGAUCUCCAGUAGUUUUCCUCUGCCGUCAGCCCUGCAGGCUUCAUCUUUCCUGCCACUCUUUGGCUUCAGGAGGAUUCGAACAAUCAGAAGCCACUGAUGUACUGCAGCACCGAGAUGCAUUCCAACUUAUAUAAUUACUUAACGUCUUACGUAAUCCCUCAUUAUGUUGUGGUUUUGCAUUUUGAAUGGGCAGAUGAUAAUAGAACAGCCUUAAUAAUACUGCCCAAGAUGUUUAAAUUUUACAUAGAUUAUACAUACAGUAUAUGGGAAAAAAGUUUACUUUAAUAGGGAAAAUUUUAAAUGGCCUCGUUUUUGUUUUUUUAAAUGUAAAAAAAAAAACUACUAUCUGCUAACAAGACAAAUCUGACUUCAGUGGGAUGAAACACAACAGGAACUGCUUUUAUAGAGUGGCUGGCUCACAGUAGCAAUAAGGUACCGGAAAGACUUGAAACCAUCCUUGAGGCUGGCCCCUCAAAACAGGAAAUAAGUAGAAGAGUAAUCUAUUACUCUUCUAACAACUCAGGCUGUGUAGCUAGUUAGCUAGGAGCAUCAACGUUUGAGACUGUAAUGCACAAUUAUCUGACAAAUACACAUGAUUAUGAUGCAGUUAGGCUUUUGACUGAACACCUAGGCAUUUUGAGGUCUGACUGUAGUGAUGGUUAACUUGUUUUUUUUUUUUUAAAUGACUGACAGGGAGAGUUGGUUUGGUUACAAAGGCAACAAAUAAGCUGAAAUAACAGUGAACUAUCUCAUCACUGUCCCAUAUCUCAGAGAGAUGUUCAAUGAAUAUCACAAGGAACAAAUCAAUACCGUUAUAUUCAUGUAUGCUCAUACAGUAUGUAUUAAAAACUGCAGAAACUCA